UCUCCCUUGUAAGAACACAGCCGCCUGCCUGCCUGUCUCCUGCUGUCGGGGCUCCUCUCACUAGCUUUUUGCUGCCUUUUGCCUCUUCUCUUUCUGCUUAGCUCCUUGCCUUCUGAUACUGCUCCCAGUAUGGAGAUGAAUCAGUCUGUACAGCUCUCGGGGGAACCCCAAUCAACACCUCCAGGGGACAAUUCAUUACCCACUCAAAAUGGUCUGGAGAAGCAAGAUGAGAAGGAUUCCUCAACCCUACUCCAAGCACCAGAGGAGAAGGCAGGUAUGCAGUCUGAACAGGGAGCUCAUGAUAUCUCUGAGGAGCUGAACCGACAACUGGAAGACAUCAUCAAUACAUAUGGGUCUGCUACUGAAAAAGAGGGUCCCACCAAAGCAAAGGAGCAGCCUGAGAACACAGAACCACCCGACCAUGAGGACGGGGACUGUGAUGAGGCCACUGAAGAGAUCGAGAGAGAACCCACAGCUUCUGGAGAGCCAGCCACAGCCAAAGAGCCUGUCAGUAAUAAAGAGCAAAAAUUGGAAAAGAAAAUCCUGAAAGGAUUAGGCAAAGAAGGCAACCUGCUCAUGCAAACGCUGACCAAGCUGCAAACACCUGAAGAAAAAUUUGACUUUUUAUUCAAGAAGUAUGCUGAAUUGCUGGAUGAACAUCGCACUGAGCAAAAGAAGUUAAAGCUCCUACAAAAGAAACAGGUACAAAUGCAAAAAGAAAAGGACCAGUUACAAGGGGAACACAGCAGAGCCAUCCUCGCUCGAAGCAAACUGGAGAGUCUAUGCCGGGAGUUGCAGAGACACAACAAGACGCUGAAGGAGGAAACCCUUCAGAGGGCGCGUGAGGAAGAAGAGAAAAGGAAGGAGAUCACAAGUCAUUUCCAGACUACUCUGACGGAUAUCCAGGCCCAGAUUGAACAGCAGAGUGAGCGAAACAUGAAGCUGUGUCAGGAGAACACAGAGCUUGCAGAGAAACUGAAAAGCAUCAUUGAUCAGUAUGAGCUCAGAGAGGAGCAUCUGGACAAAAUAUUUAAACACAGAGAACUGCAGCAGAAGCUGGUGGAUGCAAAACUGGAACAGGCACAAGAAAUGAUGAAGGAAGCAGAGGAGCGACACAAACGCGAGAAGGAAUAUUUGCUGAACCAGGCAGCAGAGUGGAAACUUCAAGCCAAAGUGCUGAAGGAACAAGAGACAGUCCUGCAGGCUCAGCUUACUCUCUAUUCCGGAAGGUUUGAAGAGUUCCAGAACACACUGACAAAGAGCAAUGAGGUGUUUGCCACUUUCAAACAGGAAAUGGAUAAAACAACCAAGAAAAUGAAGAAGUUAGAGAAGGACACAGCCACGUGGAAAGCCCGGUUUGAGAACUGUAACAAAGCUCUGUUGGACAUGAUUGAAGAGAAAGCAUUGAGAGCCAAGGAAUAUGAGUGCUUCGUGAUGAAAAUUGGGAGGCUGGAGAACCUCUGUCGAGCUUUACAAGAAGAGAGAAACGAGCUCUACAAAAAAAUCAGAGAAGCAAAAAUGCCUGAAAAAGAUGACCAAAGUCAGCACACCUCCGACGAGGAGCUAGAGUCUGCUGUUUCUGUGGGCGGCGAGGUUGAUGCAGAGGAAGCCGACAGUGUUCACAAUGCUGUGAAAAAUCUGGCCACAGCCUUCAUGGUCAUCCGUCAUCCAGAGUCGACCUUCGAGCAGUCCAAAGAAAUCCCACCAGAAUCCGGCAGUCCUCAAGGGGUUGGUGACUCGGCCCUCAAGGAGCCAGAACAAUCCCCUCCGAGCCCUUUAUGCCACUCAGAGAUUUCCCUGCCUCCCCCAACUCCUCAGGCUGAGGCCGAAGGAGGCAAUGAGGCAGAACUGCCCCCCAGGCCCAGCAAUCCCCCCGCGGGGUCGGCAGCAGAGGCCCAAGACCAGGGUCUCCUUACAGCAGCCCAGGCUGAUCAGCAGCCCCAGAAUCCAGAGGCAGAAGCUUCCAGUCAGGCCCCACAGUCCCCGGCAGAGGCUUCCCUACCAGUGAUGGAGGCAAAUGGUCCUGCUCCACCACCCACAGCAGGUGAGCAAAUUCUAGUUGGGGAGCUCGGAUGUGGGCCCAGUAGGCAGCCCCCCCCACUGGAAGCAGCAGCAUUGAGACCACCAACAGGGGUCUCGGUGGAGCCCCAGCUGCCCCAGGUGGCUGACAACAACCUGGAAGUAGUAGACUAAGCCUCGUCGUGGUGCCUUCCGAGCUUAGUGCCUUCCCAGCUUCAUGUCUUCAUCGUGACAGAUUGUCUUCUGAAAGAGGCAUUAAGGGCCAGGGAUGUCUAAGGGAAGAGACUUAAUUAGAAUCAAGACAUUUUUAAAUGUUAUGCAGAGCACAUUCAGCCUGUGCUAUUUGUUCUCAAUUUAUAACUGAUUUGGAGCUUUUCUAUUUAACGUUGGUUGACAGUACAAUUUUCCCAAAUGGCAACAAAACAUACAAAUAGCAAAUUCAUAAGAAUUUUCCACUGAGAUGGUAUUUAUUUCAAUUUUUUAAUCAACAGUAGGAUUAGGUGUUUAAAGACUUCUCCUACAAUAUGUAAAUGCAUAAAAAGUGAUUGUUAUUUAUUGCCCUAUAUAUUUUAAUAAGUUCUAUAGUAAGUUAUGGAUGUCCAGGUUUCAUUUAAGCAACAUUUACAUAAUAUGUGCAUAUGUGUAGAUGUAUAUAUAUGUAUACAUGUGUGAAUGUAUACGUAUGUGUGCGAAUGUAUACCUAUCCGAGUUUAUGCACCUAUAUGUACAUGUGUGUAUUAUAUAUGUGUGUAUAUAUAUAUAUACAAAUAUAUUAUAUACUAAUAUAUAUUACACAUACAUUUCAUCCCUCUUUGGAAUUCUCUCAUGCAAAAUAUUUAGACAGUAAUCAAAAAAAUUAUCUCUUACUUGCUUAGGAUGACAGUAGAUUAAUGCUCUAUGAAUCAGAAGUAGGUUCAGAAUACGAGCAUUUAGGCCAUGUAAUGUAGGGCAAAAACAAGUAACCAAAUGGUAAGUCAAUAAAUUCAAUCAGUUGAUCCAAAGAUAGAACAGCAGUUGGGUUAGAUUCUAAGUCUGCAGAACACAUAGACACAAAAGUGCCACAAGGGGCAAUAGACAGAAUAGGGGAACAAUCACAGCCCUCGAUGGCUCAUCUCUUCCAGCGGCCUCUCCAACACAGCUCGGCCCAUUGCCUUGCCACCCCAUGUGGUGGGGCAGCCCACUCAUGGCUACCUGCAAGGAAAGGGUGGGAAGUGGGAGAGCAAGCAAGGGCAUGGAGGGAUUGAGUGCCCGGGGACUGAUACGAGGCUAUGCUCUCGUCCCCUGGCUCUUGUGCUAUGGAAGUCUUGAAAAGGAAUGUUCGCUUGGCCCGGCCACGUCCUCAGUUCUCUCGCUGUCAUCUUCUGCUCUCUCCAGAAGGUUUCCCACCAUUUCUUGCUGUCACUGCCUCAAUCUAUAUUCUCAAAGCAUCUUCACAUUUUUUCCAACCUUCACACCCUUUACAGGAAAUUAUACCCCGUCCUCAUCUCAAUAACUGAUAAGUAAAAGCUAUUAUUUUUACAAGACAGAAGUCCACAUAGGGUCUCAAUAUGAGUGAUGAGGUGCACCAAACAAUAUAUUAUCUGCUUUGGGGAAUUCUUUACAACCAGAAGUACAAAUGGCUUGAAAAACAGGUGAGGAUUCAGCAGGAGGCAAAAGUUAGAUGGUCUACAGGAGUAUUACAUUAUUAUUGGACAAGAACCUCUAAUACAACUGACGGCAUAAAUUACUCUACCAGAUUUACCAAAACCCGGUAAAUCCAGUAAAUCUGGUAAAGGGAGACUGGAACAA